GCUCCCGCUCCCGGUCAGUGCUGUCCGCUCCGACUCUGUCCCGUCCUGCCCUCGGGCGGGUCGGGGCUCGGAGGCAGCCUCGAGCCGUGCCCGCAAUUCUGGGCCGCCUACCCUGGGCAACGCUGAGGACUUCGUCCCGGUCCCCUCCCGGGGAGCGUAGGCCGUGGGACUGGCUGCCCCCACACCGCACCCUAGAACCGCCGCUUCCCCCCGGCACAGGCGAGGAGUGGGGUAACCAUGGCCGAGUUCACGCGUCAGCGGGGCAAGCGGCAGGACGACAGCGGGCUCGGCAGUGUCCUCGACCUGCUGCUGGCCAACGCCAGGCUGGUGCUGGGCGUCAGCGGCGCGGCUGUGCUGGCCAUCGCCACGCUGGUCGUCAAGAGGCUGAUUGACCGAGCCACCAGCCCUCGUGAUGAUGGUGACCCCAAAGCUGAGCAGAAGACCCUGGAGGAGAGCUGGCAGGACUUGGCCUUGAUCAAGGCAACACAAAAACCUCCCAAGAAACAGAGGAGGGAAGACCUCAGUGCACCUCUGCUCUCUCCAGCUCAGCCACCAGUGCCAGAGCCCAAGGUCUGCUCUGCCCCUCUGGAGACCCCUCGUGUGGAAUCCAGCCCUCCACGCUGCCUCACACUGCAGGAGAAGCUCCUCUCCCACUACAGCAGCUGUCUGGCUGUGCCCAAAGUACGAGCCUCCCUCAUCCCACAGCUGGCCAGGAGCAUCUGCACUCAACUGCAGAACUUCCUGAGGAGCAAGUGCCCGGAGCUGCCCUUUGGUAGCCUCUUCCUCAGUGGCCCCUUGCUCGAUGGCCUUGGGGUUCUGUCAGCUGAUCACAUCCACUUCAUGCUGCCAGUGGUCCUUGACACCACACUCUGGAGUCUCAUCCCAGGAGAGGACACUGUGGUCAGGAACCCCCAGUACUGGAUGAUCAAGAGAACUGACUUGGAGUAUUUCCCUCGUGGGUCUAGCCCUUGGGACAGGUUCAUUGUGGGCCAGUACCUCUCCUCCAACACACUCAAUGAGACCCUCCACAAGAUGCUAGUGGCCUCUGUCAACUGGCCAGCCAUAGGCAGCCUGCUGGGAAGUGUCAUCUACCCAGUUGUGGCCUCCCAGGAUCUGAAGUUGGAAGUCAGACAUGAUCAGGUUGAGCUGAGCAUCACUCUCUUUCCCAUGGUGGAAAUGGAGGGCAAGGUUCUUCUGUCUGCUCCUCCUGAAGGACUGGUGGAAAACCUCUGGCUCGAGAGCUUUUACAGGGCAGAGGUGUCGAAGGUGAAGGAGCUGGAUGCUGGCGACUCCGGGGCUCGGCAGCUCUGCCUCCGCAUCCUGAACGGCGUCUGCAAGAGCCACCCCACCCUGCACAAGCUCAGUGGCAGCCCCUUGACCCAUGUCAUCCUUCACCUCAGUGCCACCAGUUUGGACUGGGCAGAAGAAAGCCUUGCUGACAGGUACCAGCAGGUGCUUGAAGAGCUGGUGGGUUACCUGGAGAAAGGAGUCCUGCCUUCCUAUUUCAACCACAAAAUCAACCUCUUCUGUGAGCUGUUGGAAGAGGAAAUCGAUGAGAUGGGUUUCAUGCUCUACAGAGCCAUAUCUGAGCCAGAGUUCCUGCUGAAGGAGAAAUGACCAGUGAGCUGGGAGCUCCUGAACAUAGGGUGUUCCUCACCCAUCUGCUGCUCCUCGUUGUGAGGGUUGUGAUGCUUCUAGUUGACUAGUCAGUAAGAGGCAAAGUUCUUGCACUUUAUGAGAAAAAAACAUUUCAUGUCUGAAUAAAAUGUGCCUGGUCAGAGGUGGGUGCUGGCAUGAGGAGCCUUUGGCCAGGAGGCUCUGCCAAACCCAGAGUGAGUGCAGCCCACAUCUCAAGCACCUACAGGUGAGUCUCAUCCACUGGGAGCAGACUGGAAGCACGUUUGGUCUCUGGUUCCAGGUGUCCCUUGCCUGUUGUCCCAGCUGUCAGGCUCCCCUCAUGCUCUGAGAUCAGCUGAAGUGGAGCAAUUUCUUGCUGCUGCUGCUGUGUCCUGCAGACCCCACAGGCACAGUGUUCUGGGUGCUGGGUGGGUCCUUUCACCAGCACUUAAGUUGAUUUUACUGUGCCAUGCCCCUCACCUGUCUGUGGGAUUUUGCCGAUCUGAAAUAAGGCCCCAGUAGAUGACCUGGAUGGUUGUCUGGGCUCUCAAAGAUAAAGCCAUGGCAAUCAGGGCUGUGAGUUUAUCCUUGGGAGACUCUUCCAGCUGCUAGAGAGAGUGAACUCAGCCCUACCUCUUCAUUCUACCAGUACUGGUUCUGCCCUGAGGAAGGGAUGUGCUCCCAGCAUGGUACUGGGGCUUUGUGGCUCUUGUCCCACAGCAGUUUGGCUGGAAGAUGUCCCUAAAAACCAUCUGUGCUGGCAGAUAAAGAGCUGCUGACUCCUGGGAGGCUCCUGGUGUUUGUCUCUUGAUGGAGGCUGCAGCAGGGCUGUGUCCCCUCCUUGGUGGUUUAGUCUCUGCCAAUAUCCCUCUGUGGAUACUUGCUGCUCUGCAACAAACAACAAGGUCCCCUUCCAGCCUGUCCAGUGACCUUUUCAUGCAUGUAUUGAUGCUGUCUUAGGGUCCUGUUCCCCCCAAGCCCUAUUGUGUGGAGCAGGGAUGAUGCUCAGAGGAGAGUCUUGCAAGAACUGAAGUGGUUUGUGCUUUUUAUGAAGAAAAUAUGUUUUCUUUGGGUGUUUUGUUGUUGUUGUUCUCAUUUUUUUUUCCUUUGAGUGGCUGCUAGAAUACUUUGGCUCUGGCUGUAGUCCCAGGGUGACAGAAUGUGUUCUUUUAUUUAAUGGGAAGGGCUGGCUUUGCACACUGGUGUGGAGAUGGGGGAAAAGAAAUCCUGUGGACUUCAAUGUGAGCAGCUGUUGUGGUUUAGUUUUCUUUACAGCUCUCAUCUUGUGUAUGGGAGGAUUAAAACCCUCAUGCUUUUCUUGCCAGCCUGAAGAUGACUUAGUUUGUUCCUCCAAACCACCCCCUAGGUGUUAGCGAUGAGAAUAAACCUUCCCUGUGUAUCCUG